UUAGCAUAGAGAUAUAUGCAGAUGUUUACAACCUAUGAUUCUGUUUAUGCUGGUCCAAGGGAUUGGAUCUCUGUCUGUGGUUUUUAGCAUUUUGUUUCUUUAGCUCAGAACAUCUUGUCUCUUCCAUGCUUCCGCCUCUGCUCUGAGCUGAAAGUGGACAAUUUGCCACAAUAUUUGGUUUUCAUUCAGAAGAUGUUUUAAAGAAGACAUGAAAUUGAUAUUCUGGAAAAGAGAUUUCUUCUCAAUAUGGCUUCAGACAUCAUUUAUGGUAAUGUGAGAUUCCGAAACGAAUCCAUGUGCUCAGGGACCAACUCAGUCUCUCCUUCAGUGUCCAUGGAAGAGACCAUUCCUCACAAAAGUUAUUGUGGUUUGUCCAAUAAAGUAUCUGCUUCAUUGCUGAUACUUCUUCUGCUACUGGCAAAAUCAUUCUUUAUCGCUGUUAUCAUUUUAGUUCAAAAAUCUCAGUGUCUGAAAGAAAAAAGUACUAGAGAAGAUCUGAUUCAUACAAAAUUGGAGUGUGCAAAAAUAAAUUUGACUACGGAAGGGAAAGCCUGGAGCUGCUGCCCAAAGGACUGGAAGUCAUUUGAUUCCAGCUGCUACCUUGCUUCGACUGAAACAAAAUCCUGGAGUAAGAGUAAAGAGAACUGCUCUGGAAUGGGGGCUCAUCUGCUGGUGAUUAACUCCAAGGCUGAGCAGGAGUUCAUCAUCAAGACUCUGGAUGUGGGUUCUAUUUAUUAUGUGGGGCUGUCAGAUCCGGAGGGUCAGAGACGUUGGCAAUGGGUGGAUCAGACGCCAUACAGUGAAAAUAUCUCAUUCUGGCACCCAGGGGAAGCCAAUAAUCCUACUGAACGUUGUGUUGUAGUACAUUUUCAUUCUACAUUCCAGCAAUGGGGCUGGAGUGAUAUUUCUUGUGAAAUGCUAAGGAAGUCAGUUUGCGAGAGGAAGGAGAUUUACUUAUGAAUGGAACAUGUCCAUGGAAAUGUGGCUGUUUUUAUAUCAGUACCACAGUUCUGAUUACUGUAUUUUUGUAAUGCAUAUUGAAAUCAGGACCUGUGAUGCUUCCAGCUUUGUUGUUCUUCAAAACUGCUUUGGAGUCUUUAGAGAAAAAACAAACAAACAACCUCUGUAUAUAAUUCCAUAUGACAUUUAGGGUUUUUUCUUUUUCUGUGAAAAAUGCCAUUGCAAUAUUGAUAAGCAUUACAUUAAAUCUGUAAACAACUUAGGUAAUAUGGGCAUUUUAAUGUUAAUUUUUCCAAUAUGUGGACACUAGGUAACUUUCCAUUGCUUCGUGUCUUCUUUAGUUCUUUUUAGCAAUAGUUUAUGGUUUUCAAUGUACAGGUCUUUUGAGUCUUUGACUAAACUUAUUUCUAAGUAUUUUUUCUUUCCGGCACUCUUGGAAAUGGAUUGUUUUUCUUCUUUCUUUCUUAGGUAGUUUGUGUGAGUGUGUAGAAAAACAAGUCAUUUCUGAAUUUAGAUUUGGAGUCUUUUAUUUCUUUUUCGUGUCAUUUGCUUUGAGUAGGAUUUUUAGUACUCUGCUAGAUAGAAAUCACCAAGGCGAGCAUCCAUUCUUUGUUCCAGUCUUAGUAGAAAGUUUAACCUAAAUUACAAUAUACACCUCUUUCCAGACCUCAAAGAAUUUAUGAUUCUUUGCUGUGGGGCUAAAUGACAGAAACCAGUUCUUACAGUUCAGGGCACAUGGAUAAUGAAAAUGUUUUGUAUCAGAGACCAGAGCAAGGAAAGAGUUUCCUACUUCAUGGAGCAAAUUCCAAGACCUAUAUUAACAGCUCCUCAAAGUUAACUGAGAGAAUGGCUUUCUGUAGAUGAAAAGGCUCUAGACAAAAGAAUUACAAAAUCAGUCUCCAUUAUGUAGGAUCUCACAACCUAUGAGCCCCACUCCAAAAUUAUAGCAUGACUAAUGAGACAUGUGAGGGAAAUGCAGAUAUAGGUUUCUCUCAGAUGGGAUAUAAACUGAGAUUCAAACCACCUGGUAGCAACCCAUUUUCCAGGAUCCCUUCCUGCCUGGAGUUGUUUUCUCCUUCAGUAAACUCUGUUUUACUAUCCCUCUCUGUGUCUGUAUCUCUAAUUCUUUGUGAAUGUGAGACAAAGAAGCAGGUUUGCUGCAGUUCCUACAUUGGAUAUUGGGCCCACACACUCUACCUUCCCAUAUCAGCUGUGAGCUUAUCAUAUAUGGCAUUUAUUUAUUAUUUAUUUACUUUUAGUUUUUGCUAUAGGACACAUAUGAUCAGCAGAAACAGACAGAUUGAAAGACAG